UGAGCGCCUGUGUAUCAAGCGUCACAUCGAGCCUGAGUAUAUCAUGUUACUCCUCUCCCUCUUUUGUUCCCUGGGCUCCUUCUCGUUCUUUGCAGCCCAAACAAGAAAAUCGUGUGAUUGGAAGAAGAGUCGGAAAUGCGUUUGACUCUUGAAUUUGGUGGUGGCCUUGAGCUUCUUUGCAAGUCAGUGAAGAUCCAUAACGUUGAUGUCGAUCUGAAAGCCGGAGAAGACAAGUUAACUAUGAGAGGCUUGCUGUCUUGGGUCCGCACCAACUUGAUCAAGGAGAGGCCUGAAAUGUUCAUGAAAGGAGACUCUGUGAGACCCGGUGUUCUUGUCCUUGUAAAUGAUUGUGAUUGGGAACUAUCUGGUCAGCUCGAUACAACAUUAGAAGAGAAGGAUGCGAUAGUUUUCAUUUCAACUUUGCAUGGUGGGUAGAAUCUAAGGAGUUGCAUGUUACAAUAACGCAACUGGUACGCAAGUAGUGAGGAAGGAUGGUCAAGAUUUUGAAGUUUUUGCUGCUAAAUGUAUUGGAGAGGAACACAUACAAGAGAGGAUCUGAUAGAUUCUCUCAACUCUCAUACCUAUAUUUUUGCCACCUGUUAUACACUGUUAAAUGCUGAUAUGCUUCUGUUUCUUCGUGGUGCAAAUUCAGACUUGGAUAAA